AUGCUCUUAUCCUGGCACCUCAUAUCGCCGAGCCUGCUUAUAUUGUGGUUGUGUUCUACAGAAUCCCUGUGCCCCGCAUCCUGCGUUUGCAAGCAAUCAGAAAAGGGUCAGAGGAAAGUGUCUUGUUUAAAGGGAGGCAUGCGGGACCCUAUUCCCCUCAUCGACGUCGAUCCCGGCAUGGAAGUCCUGGAGAUAUCAGGACUCGCCGAUAAUCCCAAUACGCUGUCAAUCAGCCCCGUUUUCCAGCAGUUCAAACACUUGCAGGAGAUAUCUAUCAAGCGAUCUAAUAUCCUUCAGAUUGGCAUGCACCCCUUUUGGGGGGUGCCCAGCAUACGCUUGCUGGAUUUGAGCUACAAUAAUAUCAGCGUUGUGUUCGAUCAUAACUUUCGCGGUUUAGUGAAUUUGGUUGAGUUGAAUUUGGACCAUAACAAAAUCGAACGGGUGGCCGUGGGUGCUUUUAAACAUCUCACCGAGUUGAGGAUGUUAACAUUAAGGAACAAUAAUAUUAGUGAUUUGGAACCAAGGAUAUUUUUGAAAUUAGUGAAGUUGCAUAUACUGAAACUUAGUGGGAAUAAGUUUGAAGAUGAAAUUAAUCCAGAAGAUUUACGUGUGCUGGAACUUCGAGGAUGCGAACUCAAACGAAUCAACACUCAACUAUACCACUUGCUGCCUUAUCUUUCCCACUUAGACUUGGGAAAUAACAAUAUUCAGUUCUUAUCCGAAGACGAAUUCCACGAUCUUCAUCGACUGCACAUCUUAAAACUGGACGGAAACGUCUUACCGGUGAUUUUAGAAAAAACUUUCGUCAAUCAACAACAAUUAAAGUACUUAUGUCUAGCAAAAAACAGGUUGGCUAAAAUAACCGAUACUGCCUUUUUAAAUCUUACUAGUCUUGUAGAAUUGGACAUUAGUUACAAUAAAUUGAGUAAACUUGAGCCGUACGCUCUAACUCAUCUGGCGGACACUCUACAAAGGCUAGUGAUUAGUGGAAAUAAUUUUACAAUAACGUUAUUAAAGCUGUUUUUGCAGACACUUUAUCGCGUGUGGCACCUCGAUAUUGCGCACAUGAAACUAAAAUCUUUACCUGAUCGAUUCUUACCAGAUAGGAUAAAGAAACUUAAUGUUUCCUGGAAUAAUAUUAGUAGUGUAAGUGUUCAUACCUUUCCAAGACAUUUAGUAGAAUUGGAUAUAUCGUUCAACGCAAUUAAAGGCCUAAACGAAAGUGUCGUUUUAAAAUUAGAUACUUUAAAAUACGUAAAUUUCACAGGCAAUCCUUGGUCCUGUGACUUAUGUCACAUAACCUCAAUUUUGUUUCGUGUAAAUAAAACGGACUUAUUUAAAAAUUCAGUAUGUGCCUCCCCUGCCAAACUUAAAGGGAAAAAACUAGUUAGUUUACAGUUCGAAGAUGUUACUACUUGCGAUUUAAGUGACGGUUCAAAAGACAAAAUGCCAGCGGAUAAACUCAGCCUGUUGGUCGGCCUAAUUUGUAUCAUAGUGUUCGCGAUAUUAUCAAUAAUUUUCGUGGUGUGUUCGUGCGUUAGAAGACACUCGAGGAAUUUAGCCAGACAGCGAAAGCGUGCUAUGGAGUGUGCAGAAAAUAACGUCGAGAAUGCCUCUGCGGUUUUUUGUAAAGGCGAAAUAAGUUUUAAAUUCCCAUUGGACCUGACCGAGAGAAAGAUGUCAGUGUCAACUAUAGAUGAGAUCAAGAGAGAUUCCCAACAAAGUUUGCCGAACGGCACGAUAACCGGAAUCUGA